AUGGCAGCCAUGAUUCAACAAAGCUCUAAUACUGUUCUAUAUCACAAUCGGUUUUCUGACGAUGCCCUGCACACCACCCAGCAGCACAAUGAAGCUUCUCGCAAUAACCUUGGCGUCGGCCCUCCUUCUCGGCGGACCAACAAACAGCUGAAUGACAGAAGCUCCUUGAUGCUGUCAGAUCUCCAGGUGCGUGACGCCCUUCACAGCCAAGUGAAACGAGGUGCGCCUGGCCUUCUGCUCAAGAAGACCCUUUCGCUGCUGAAGAAGUUGCCGCCAGUGUCACCUCUCCCUCUGCCACUUCCGCUGCCAGUCAGGAUUAUUUUCUCUUGUGUUUACAUUGCAGCUAUCAUCCAAGGAAACCAGCCCUCGAUUCUUACCUCUGCUGCCUCUUCAACUGCCCCAUUGCAGCAGUCUCAGCCUCCUGGUGGUGGAGGGGGUGAUGUUCACAUAUGUGGAACAUGUGGGUCGCAUUUUACUGAAAUUAAGGAAUUUGUUGCUCACAAACAACAAGGAUGCCAAAACAGCAGCAUUGUUGGCACGCAAGGAAGUAUAGCACAGCCCCAGUUGUCCUCAUCAACUACAAUUCAUCAGCCACAACCACCUCAUGCAUCAGUGAUUAUUUUCUCUUGUGUUUACAUUGCAGCUAUCAUCCAAGGAAACCAGCCCUCGAUUCUUAACCUGCUGCCUUUCAACUGGCCCAUUGCAGCAGUCUCAGACUCUGGAUGCCAAAACAGCAGCAUUGUUGGCACGCAAGGAAGUAUAGCACAGCCCCAGUUGUCCUCAUCAACUUACAAUUCAUCAGCCACAACCACCUCAUGCAUCAGUGCUAUCAUCCAAGGAAACCAGCCCUCGAUUCUUACCUCUGCUGCCUCUUCAACUGCCCCAUUGCAGCAGUCUCAGCCUCCUGGUGGUGGAGGGGGUGAUGUUCACAUAUGUGGAACAUGUGGGUCGCAUUUUACUGAAAUUAAGGAAUUUGUUGCUCACAAACAACAAGGAUGCCAAAACAGCAGCAUUGUUGGCACACCAGGAAGUAUAGCACAGCCCCAGUUGUCCUCAUCAACUACAAUUCAUCAGCCACAACCACCUCAUGCAUCAGUGCAAAUGGGUGUGCCUGUGGGCAUGCCUCAUGUCAUCCUUCAGACAGCUUCAGGGCCCCCACAGAUGUACCGCAUUGUCCUGGAGCCAAGUGUCCCAACUUCCUCUCCAGGGGUUUCCAUGCAGGGCUCCACACCCAUCCUUGCUCAGGCUCUUUCUGGAGGUCCUGUGGCACAGCUCUCUCACAGCCCAGGGCAGCAUACAUCACAUAAUCAUCAGAGUCCUCACCAGCAGCAGGAUGUAUCAGUAAGCCAGGUGGUAAGUGCCAAUACAUCAGCCACUUGUGUCUCAGCUGGCACACUUCUGCAACUAGCACAUGUUGGAGACACUUGGCACUCUAAUAGUGGGGCAGCAAUAGCUUCAGGAGGAACAGUAGAAAAUGAAGGAAACAGUUCUAUGGAAGGAGCAGCUCCAGGAAGAGAACUAGUUGAGCGGUCAUCAGGAGGAGGACCUGUGGAGAACAGUGCAAGUGGAGUGGUUACUGGGAGCUCAUCAGUUGCAGAUGGUGCCACUGUUAUAGAAGGAGAAAGUGAAGGAACAAAUGCAGCUUCAAGUAUGCACACUGAAGAAGAAGAUGUAGCUACAUUUUUAGCUACACAACUUGCAAGCCAAGCGGCCCCACCACAGACUACUGCAGUGGCCACAGAACACCUGAUAUCAAGUGUUGUGAAUGGAGUGCCCAGUGAUGCUCAGUUACACUACACAUCUGCUCCAACACAAUCACAUCAGCAUCAGCCUCAGAUGCAGCUUGGUCUUCACCAGCAUCAACAGUUGAUGGACACAUACAGUGGUGGAAUACGGUCAUCGGGUUCGAACAGAAGGCAGCCAAAGACAGCAACACUGGAUGAAGCCACACAGGCAGCUGGUGUAGAAAGCAAGGUUGAGAGUCAUGGUACCACACAAAAGGAGGUAAGAUGCGUUGGCAUUAAUGGUGAUCAGACCAAGUUUGAAGCACUCGUUGAUGAGCUGAUGGAAAAGAAAGAUUAUCCCAAGAUGGAAGAGUAUCUGAAACGGCAAAAGCGCAUGGAGAUAAAGAAGAAGUUCAUUGAAGGGAUGACUGUUGAGGAAUUUUUAGAAUAUUUUGAGAAUCCUGAACAGGUCUUUACUGACAUUGAGAAGAAAGUAAGUCCAACAUAUGUUGAAAAUGCACGAGCACAGCUGAUGAAGGACCUACCCUAUCACCUAAAAAAAGAUGUUGAUAAUGAGCUGCGUAAGCAUAAUUGUCAUUACCUCCCAACACUCAGAGCAUUACAGAACAACAAAAAGUUGAAUAGACGCAAAACAAAGAGGACAAGUCCAUUAAAGCAGAGAGAUUUAGACGACGUGUUUAUAAAGGAGUUAUGCUAUGUAGGGAUGGAAGUGCAAAUCAAAGAACAUCUUGUGAAGAAAGAGGAAAACAAAAGAAGAGCAUUUUUAUGGGCUAAGAAGAAUGGUCAACUGAAAGAAUGUCCUUGUUGCUAUGAUGAUGAGGUCCUAGAAGAAGACAUGGAUACUUGUAGUGCUGAUGACACACACAAAGUCUGCAACACAUGCAUUAGAAGGUCUGCAGAAGCAGAUAUUGGACAAGGUCGAACCAACAUCCGCUGCAUUACUGCCAAUUGCAAAUCGGAGUUUUCCUUGAGCACCCUGAAGAAGAUCCUGAAGCCAGCCAUUUUCUCCAGUAUCCUCGAGAAAAAGCAGCUGGAGGAAAUAGCAGCAGCUGACAUAGAGGACUUGGAGGCUUGCCCAUUCUGUAACUUCCAGACCAUCAUGCCAAAUAAAGAGGACAAGGUGUUCAAGUGCCUUAAUCCAGAGUGCAUGAAAGACUCGUGCAGACUUUGCAAGGAGCCAAAUCAUGUUCCAUUACGGUGUGAAGAAGUUGAGAAGCAAAACCAGAAAGAGGCGCGCACCUUCAUGGAAAACCGGAUGGCUGAAGCUAUGAUAAGAGAGUGUUGGAAGUGUAAGAAACGUUUCAUCAAAGAGGACGGUUGCAACAAGAUGAAGUGUGCGUGCGGGGCCAUGAUGUGCUACAUUUGCAAGAAGGCCAUCAAGGGCUAUGAUCACUUUGAAGACAAGUCUGUACCCACAAAUCCAAAGAAGUGUCCUUUAUGGAGCAACUCUGAGAAGAUACAUGCUGAGGAGGUGCUGCUGGCUGCAGACAAAUUGAAAAAGGAAAUGGACCCAGAGGUGAAACUUUUUCAUGAUCCUACCAAAGAUUUGCCUGUGAUUCCAAAGCAUUUAGCUGACAAGCCAGCCCACCCAGCAGUCUUUCCCAACCCACAGCCACCUCCUGCACACCAGCGAAGACCACAUCAGCUGCCACCACAUCAGCAAAGAAUUCCUGGACUGCCAUUUGCACUUCAACACAUGCGCCGAAGAUAUUUAGCUUUUCCUCCUCCUCCUGCUCACCUGCAGCAGCCACCACCUGCCCACCAGCAAGUCCUCCCUCCACAACUCAUGGUUGUACGUGAAGUUAACAGGCUACAUCACCACCACCAUCACCAUCACCAUCACCACCAUCAUCACCAGCAAGCUUUAGGGUUUCCUCAACCUAUGGAUCCCCAGCAGCCACAGCAAAACCAGCCCAUGAGAGAAGAUCCUGUUGGUCCCAGGAAUGAGGUAAAUGCUAUAAUGCAAGCAUUCAUGGGGGGACCAGGAUACCCUCAGCCUGCACCUCCCCAGCAACCAGAGCUCCAGCCUCGUCUGGGGAGAGAGGACCUGGUGAAUGAGUUCAUGAUAGAGGUUUUGGGAGUUGAAGCAGGAGAGGUAGCUAAUCCUGCUGCUCAUCAGAGACAAAAUCAAGAGGUUCAUGGAGAUCUUCAGCAGCAACAACAGCGGGAGCAGCAGCAACUACAGCAGCAGCAGCAGCAACUUCAGCAGCAGCAGCAGCAACUUCAGCAGCAGCAGCAGCAACUUCAGCAGCAGCAGCAACAGCAAUACGAACAGGAAAGAAUACAGAUCCAGCCUGAAAAUCCAGGCAACCAAAAUCAGCAGGUCCAGCAAGUGCAGCAUGAGAAUCCACUUUUCUUAGGCACAGAUGAAUUAAUGAACAUCUUUGGUAAACUAUGAUACUUAAUAAAUGAUAGCUCAUGUGAUCAAUUAUUUAUUUAUUAAUAUAUGACAACCUUCAAUGCAUCUGACUUCAAAUUGUUUUUUGUGGUUAUUAUUUUCAUUAUUCAUAUUUUAGAUUGCAAGGUUAUUUUGGAAAAAAAAAAUAUAGUAUUGUAUCUGUUGGAUAUGGUUGGAAAUUUUAACAUGCAUCAUCCAAUUAAUUCCCCUAAAAUAAAUUACUGUUAUUGCUACUUGACAUACAAGGGUCAAUCAAGAAGUUUCCAGAUUCUCAAAACCUUACUGUUAUUUUUAACUGAAGAUUUUGGUAAGCUUCAGCAAAGGCCUUCUAAUGCCUAGCUACUGCACCUUCAAGAUUCUGAAAUCUCCUUACAUGAAGCUCUGCCUUAGUUAUAGGGAACACAGAGAAUUCAAAAGGGGCCAGGUCUGAACUGUAGGGAGGAUGGGUCAUGCACCUCAGUUUUUGCUGCAUCAGGUGUGUACUAUAUAGAAAUGAUUGUCAUACCUGUCAAAAACUGUGCAUAUCAUCACAUGUAGAUGCUGACAGUACAGGAAGAAUCUUAUUUCACCAUGAUUACAACUGCAUACUUGUCACAUCUGGAUAUUUUUUCUGACCCAUCCUCAUGUUCCUACGUUUGAUAUUUAUAAGAUAUAGCUGGGGAUUUUUAAUUUUUUUAUUGCAAUGGCCUUUUUUCACCUUAGGGCAUGAUUAUAGAUGAAGGCCUGUAUUUUGCUGCCAAUUGCUAUUCAUUUCCUCCAUAAUUUGUCCUGUUCCACUGACAGUCCUUAACUGUUUAAGCCCAGCAAAGGUGCCAGUACUCAAUAUAUUAUGCCCAUUUAUAUUAUAACCUACUUAAUCAUAGCCAAAGCAACAUGAGUUGACCUGACUUAACACUGUAAUGUUAAUGCAAAUUCGAUGUAAUCCCAGUGCAGACUAGCUUGAACGAACUUUACCAAAGGAAAGUAAGCCAUAUCAAACCAAAUGAAAUCCAUCAUAUCCGGAACAAAACCUCAGGAGCACAGUACAAAUAGUCAAUUGACACUGAAGUACAGGCCCAGUCUCAAUAUCUACAAAAAGAUGCCAACACAUAUUCAUCAUAAAGUCUCAUUUAUCC